UGAAAUCAACAUCAACAUACGCAUUUCUUGGCAAAUUUUCUGAAUUGAAGUGUCUGAAAAUAAAGGACGGCAUCUGAUGAAAACAGUUAAAGAAAGUCGAAAAUGUCUGCCAGUACUACUUUCCAGACACAGAUAACUGCUAUAAUGGAGGUUUUAGCAAAAGCCGCUAUAGCAGAAAUAAGCAAACUUGUAGAGGAUGACCAUGUAGUAAUACGACUAGAGAUGUGUCGGAGAGAAAAUGAGAUAGAGACUCUGAAGAAAAGAUUAUUUUUCACAGAGAGAGACCUUAGGAAAGCCCAGCGAGCUGCCAUACGCGUGAUUCCUGAACGGGUGUCUGUCGGUAUCCAGGCCGAAAGCGCCGGCGAUGAAUAUCCUCUUGUGAACUCUAACACAGUAACGCAAGAUACCGUUCCAAAAGAAGAGGAAAAAACAUCAAUAGAAGAUCAAAUGACACCAUUUAUACAUGAUGGGGACAGAGAGAUGUUGCAUAAUCUGCCUCCACCAACACACAACAGUGGGGAUAUCAUAGGGUCGGAUUUUGCAUUGAAAAGAGAGCCAGAGGAAGUUCGAUUAGGCCAGACCACCAGUCUUGCAGACUGUGAGCAUAGGUCAACGGGUAUUCAGUCUGGUGGUGGAGCAAUAGACUCACUGGCUCAGUCUUGGCCAUCCUUUGAUGAAACACACUGUCAGGUGGAAGAUGAGGAUCCAGGCUGCUCUUACAAUACUGAGCAGAACAGUUCCUCUGACGCACAUCUAUUCGCUGUAGGCCCUGAGGAUGGCUCAAGGGAUUUUCCAGAGGAUUUACACCUUGAUCUGUUUAAUUCAGUGUCUGUGAAAGAAGAGGGCGGGUGCAUGUCUAUCUCUCAAAACUUCCCAGAUGCUGUAGGUCAAAGCAAAGAUGGACAUCCUAAAGACACAGUGGACAUGGCAGCAGUUCAGCCACAGACACACUCAGUCCCGAGAACAGACAAGGGAAGCACUUCCUACUCACUCAACAUGGCCACACAUCCCACAGUGGCUUCCCAUGGGAGACCCACAUUCAUACCCACUGACUCACAAACACACCCCACACAUGCAGCCUUGGGCUCGCACAUACACACCUCACAGAUCUCCUCUCAUUCGCAGGCCCCCACCAAUUCACACACUCCCUCUCCGUACACACACAGCCUCCCGGCCAGUCGCCACCUGGUCAUGAGACCCCGGACGCCGGGCCUGAUGCACCGGCGAAGCGGCAUGGGCAUGAGCGCCAGCUCCCACCACCGCGUCUUCAUCUGCUCGCUGUGUGGCAAGAGCUACCCCCGCUUCUGCCAGCUGGAGGCGCACCAGCGCAGCCACACCGGCGUCAAGCCCUACCGCUGCACGGAGUGCGGCAAGCGCUUCACGCAGAAGACGCGCCUGAAGACGCACCAGAGUGUCCACACGGGCGAGCGGCCGUUCAGCUGCAGGCUGUGCGGGAAGAGGUUCAACCGGCAGGACAACUGCCUGAGGCACGAGAGGUUCCACAGGGCCAAGAACCCCUCCUCCAGACUCAGCAUGGGAAGAGGCUUGUCCAGCUGAGACACUUUGUUCAUUGACAUCGAAGGCGAUUUUUUAAAAUUAAAAAAAAAAAGACAUUUUCUAAGCAUAGGUCCAGAACUUGACUUAGCCAAAAUAUUUGGAGCAAAAACUCAAAAACUGUUCUCUGGCGAGGGGGAGGCUGAUACCCCAAAGUGGACAAAAUCUUAGCUUGCAAUCCAAUAGUAAAGUGCUUAACUGAACAAGAAACAUGUUCAGCAUUUAUAAUGGGUGCUAACCACAGGUUUAGAAAUUGUGUGAUCUCAGAUUAUACAAUCAAUGAAUUCAUAUUUGAAAGAAUAACAGACAUACAUGUAUGGGUCAGUUUUUUUGUUGUUGUGAAAAAUGGAAAUGCUUCUAGACCUUCUAUAAUAGCAUAUUUUAAGAUUAAUGUCCCUGUGUGUGUGUGUGUGUGUGUGUGUGUGUGUGUGUGUGUGUAUGGAUAUUGAUAAUAUUGGGAUGUUUGUUCACAAUUUUAAGAGCCCAGACGUAUUUAACAGACACAAGAAAGAGGUGAAAUGUUUGUACAGUGCAUAGCAAUUCAGGAACACUGUCAUUGUUACUUAUCAUGCCUUUGGACGGAUAUCCUCAAUUUAAGCCCAGAAGCAUGUUAUUAUUUUUUCGUCAACAAAUAAUUUUUACACAUCGAAGGCUGUAAGAUUUUCUUCCAGUUUUUAUUAUUGGAGUUAUCAAUAAUGGAUAAUAUAAAUAAACUAACUUCUGGAUGAAACCCAGUGUGCCUGUAUAAGCAGAGGUUGUUCAGCAGUGAGGUCAAGGCAGGAACAGUGCCUUGGUAAAAACAAACUUUGUACAAUAUUUUCCCUGUUUUUUGCAUGUUAGUGAAUAAAAAAAGGUAUGAAGAAUAAGAGAUGUAGCGACGUUUUAGAAAAAUGGAA